UAUGGGGAUACACAGCUUCACAGUAAUAUAACAGCGAUGUACUGCAUAAGUGUAGUAAUAAUUUAAAACUGCGGAGGAUCUGCGCGCUCUAGGCUACAGUCCAGAUUUACCAAGCGACACAUACACAUCUGCACAGCCCUGCAGCUAGCUAUAAUGGACGAUAUAAGCGCACAUCGCUCUUUAACUGUAGCUUUUAUCAUAAAGUCUGAUGUCAAGCUGCGUGCACACUCAUGAUUCGUGCAAGACGUUUUAAGAAAGUGUCUCUUCUCUGGGAAUGAUUCCGUUCCAUUCACCGUUACUGACAGGACGCAAAAAGCUGAUAUUUUUGGAGAUCAGGCGAUGGUGCAUAAAUUGGAGAUAAACCAUGGCAGGGACGACAGGAAAUGAAGGAGCCCACAAAUUGGCCGGAGGGACCCAGAGGCCAGGUUUACAGCUGCAGCAGGACACGGACCAGAGAGGCAUAGUGAUCCAACUGACGGAUACCGGGGGUGAAUGGGAUAAUCUUGAUGACAGUGAACUCAUAUUCACCUUGGAUUGUGAUGGCAAAAAGUCACUCACCUCCCUCCGGAACCGAAGACCAUGUUCCGUCGACAUUCAGACGGAGGGGGAAUGGAAUCUCAGCUCACCUGCAUUCAACGUUCCUCUCUCUCCAUCUUCACCAGGCUCCUUGGGAAACUCUUUUACCCCGGGGUCUGGCUUCCUCUCACCCACUCACCGGCCUCUGGCCAGCUUAGUGAAGUCAUUAUCUACAGAACUGGAACUAAAAGAGACUUCUUUAAAGCCCAAACCAUUCCUCAGCCUUGUGAAGUCGAUUUCCACCGAGCUUUCUCGCAGUGAGCCGGAGGUGUCUCAAUCCAGGUCUGAUUCCAAGCUCAAUUUGCACUUGUUGUCACAAUUUACCCAGCCCAAAAGCCGCAACGGUGAUUCCCGCACUGCCCCUCCAUCUCCAGUCAAGUUGUCCCCCACCGAGCCCAAAGCCAGCUUCUUCAAAAUGGAGCUAGAGGACACCCGACGCAAGCUCUCGGAGGCCAUGCAGGAACCUUUGAGCAUGUUCAGUAAGAUCAUGCGUGAAGAUAGUGUUGGCAGCCCCAAGCACCAAAGGAGUACAGGAUCAGUGGACUCUCCAAGCUACAAAGGCUUUGGAAUUGGGAAAAUGAACACUGACUUACCUGCAUCCGGAUCUCCUAAAAGUGCUAGGAAAGCAGAAAGUGAGUUUCUACCGGAGUGCAACUGGCCUGUGAGACAUCGCAAACGGUGUGUGCAGAAAUCCCUUUCCCAUGAUCACCAUAGCAAACAUGUAGACAUUGGGCCUGUGAUGGAGUCCAGCACUCAUGGCAAUGCGUCCCAGAGCACAAAUAUGAAUAGAACUGAUCAAGAUGGUUUGGCAGAAAAUGUGACGGAACAAUGCUCCUCUCCAGUGCCAGGAGUGGGUCUUGCCUAUGUAGCAUUUCUGUCAUACUGCUACUUUAUCUUUCCUUUGUCAGCGUAUUGGUCUGGCCUGUUCCUUGGUUUAGUGUUUGGAUUAAUGUUGGGGCUUGUGCUGAUCCGUUGGGACUCCAUCAGACACCUGUCCACCAGUCACCAACAUGGGACCUUCUAUAAUAGCAUUCUCUUUGAAACCCUACAGAGCAAUGUAUCUUCUCUCAAGGGCUGGAUGAACGAGAUGUACACAUAUGAUCCAGAGACUUACCAUCCAUCCCUUAUGCACACUGUGUAUGUCACAUUGGACGGACCCUGUUUGCGGCUUGACUACCCACGUAACAACAUUCCCCGCUGGGCUACUUUUGACGAGCCCUGCUACGAAAAGCAUUUCACCCACUCACGGAUAUUUCAACUCACUGGCAGCAAGGUAUUUCUUCUGCCACUGGCUUUGGCACACAAGAGAGUGUGGAACAGGAAGUAUCCGAUCUCCAUAAGUUUGGCUGAAGGAGAAAGAGCUGUGAAGGAAGACGAGAUGUCAGAGGGUCAGGGGGAGGCUCAGAAAGUAGAGAAAUCCCCUGGCUCUAAGACAAAUGUUUCCCAUCCUGUCACACUCUACCUGUUUGGACGAACAGGACGGGAGAAAGAGGAAUGGUUCCAUCGACUGUUUUCCAUGUCCAUUCACAAUGAAGAGGACCCUUUUGAAUCUAUAUCUGGUGGUAAAUGGGUGAACUGUCCCUUUAACAGCAAGUAUCUUGAAAUAUAUUACAUUUCUUCUUGUUUAGAGGACAAUUUAAGUGACACAGCUUAUCCCCCCAUGUAUCUUCAUUACUCCAAAGUUUUUCUUCCAUCACCCCUUUUGGAACAGACCUUUUGUUGUCAUGAGGAUGAAACAAAACCUGACUGGCUGAAUGCACUAAUUGGUCGGAUCUUUUGGGACUUCCUCCAUGAGAAAUACUGGGCUAAUAAAGUCCAACAGAAGAUUCAGCGAAAGCUGAGCAAAAUUCGGUUGCCUUACUUCAUGGAUGAAUUGUCCCUCACUGAACUGGCCAUGGGCUCCAGCAUGCCUCAGAUAACAGGCACAUCUCUACCACAGAUCAACAGCAGAGGCCUUUGGUUGCAUUUGGAGGUGGAGUACACAGGAGCGCUACAGAUGACUCUAGAGACCAAAAUCAACUUCUCCAAACUUGGGAAGGAGGGAGUCCCUGAGUCAGAGACAGAGUUGGAGACCAUUCAUUUGUUUAGCAGGUCCAGGCUCUCUGUGCUGGCUGACAGUGAUGAGGAAUCCUCAAGUGCAGGAUCCUCUGAUGAGGAGGAAGUUUCAUCUGCUGACACUCAAGGAACUCUGACUGAAAAGGCUCUACCUGGUGUUGAGGGGGCUGCAGCUGGAGGCAGUACUAGUAGGCGGAUCUUGAGAUUUGUCGACAAGAUUGCCAAGUCGAAGUAUUUCCAGAAGGCCACGGAAAAUGAGUACAUUAAAAAAAAGAUUGAAGAAAUGUCUAACACCCCGCUGCUGCUUGCAGUGGAAGUUCAAGAGCUCUCUGGAACACUUCACGUCAACAUUCCUCCUCCCCCCACCGACAGAAUAUGGUAUAGUUUCUGCGGGCCCCCGAAGCUUGAUCUAAGAGUCAGACCCAAACUUGGAGAGCGAGAAGUGACUUUCUGCCAUGUAACUGAAUGGAUUGAAAAGAAGCUACAGGAUGAGUUCCAGAAAGUUUUUGUUUUGCCCAACAUGGAUGACAUUUACCUGCCGCUAAUGCACUCUGGGAUGGACAACACACCAGCUUUCCCACAAUACCCUGCAAAGCUCUCCCAGCAUUCCUCUAUGACCUCCACUGACAGGUGUGAUCUGGAACAUUCUGCAGAACUACAGUAGUGCCUCCUUGUGGAUAGACAUGACAAUAAACCAGUAACACCAUUUAACUUCAACAAACUUCUAGUAGUGUAAUUUACAUUCAACUUCAUUUAAACAUUGCAGGACAGCAAAAUGUCAGUAACUCCCACACAUGUUCUCUCUAAAUGAAUUAGAUAUCUCCAUACAAUCAAUACAAGGCACAGUGGGUAAGAUUCCCAUCAUCCCGGAAACCCAAGUCUGUUAUUCUUAUCAUACCAGUGGCUUAAUGUGUGAAUAAACCAUUUUAUUACUUUAUUGUGUUUUUAUGUCCUGAGGACAACUGAUUAUUUGUUGAACUUCCACAGUGGCUUAAAUUAGACAAAUA